AUGCUGAGUUCUUGGGUAGUAGGCCUUUGUGCCAGUUCUUUGGUGCACGCGCUUCCCGUUUCCGAUUAUUACACGGUCAAGGUCCCGCGCCUCAUCGUCUUCGGAGACAGCUUCAGCGACAAUGGGAACGGCUCCUGGGUAGUCAGUAAUGGUACAUGGCCGGCAGACCCGGCUUACUACAGGCAUUCGUUCUCAAAUGGGCUCAAAUGGAAUGAUCUGGUGGCCAAGGACCUUGGUCUUGAGCUGAUCAACCUCGCGACUGGUGGAGCGACAACCAACAACAACUUUGUGGCUGGAGGUACAGGUGCUCAGUCUACAAUUCCUGUUCCUUCAGCUGCUGACCAAGUUUUGUCGUUCUUAUCGUGGGAUAAGCCGAGGCCUGAUGAUGUCUUUGUUCAUUGGAUUGGCGCCAAUGACAUCUUGUUCAACACGAGUAUCACCGGAGGACAGGUUACGAGCCUGAUCAACGAGAAUGUUGACAGAUUAUACCAUGCCGGCGCAAAAAAGAUCAUCCUCGCCAACUAUCUCAAAAUCACAACGUUUCCAGCAACUUACAGCUCACCCGACUACGACAUCCCAAGUGUUGAAGUCUACAGCAGUGCUCUCACCCAAGGUCUCAAAAACAUCGCUGCCGCGUAUUCUGCAUAUGCUCAGACAGCUGUGAUUGACGUAGGCGGUUUAUUCGAGGAUAUAACUUCAGAUCCAGAAACUUAUGGCUUUGAUGAGAAGUAUUUGAACCCGCCCACGGCGUGUCUCACAGGUGUUUAUACGAGCGAGGGUGUACCGCGGCACUUGUGCAAUGAUCCACAGAAACAUGUCUUUUUUGACUCGUAUCACCCUGGGAAAGAGGUGCAUGCGUUGAUUGCGAAAUUGUUUGAACAGGAGAUUCAUCAGUUCUCGGGAUGA